GACGGCGGCUUUCUUCUUCAUUUCUUAUUCUCCCUCUCUCAAUCCGUCGAACGAAACCGAUCCGAGCUUAUCUCCCUCGCCUGCGUCCUCCUCCUUCUCCAUUCUGUUUUGUCGAGAUCUCGCGACGCGGCCGCCUGCGGCUUCUGUGUGAGUCUCGACCGCUUGCUCCGCAGGAUAAGAAAACGCUCUUAGAGGCGAGUGGAGAAAUAUUUCCAUGGCGGAAAACCCUAAAAACCCUAGGCAUUGGCGAUACACAUGGGUGGCUCAGUCGCAUUCUCCGAAUCUGCGUUUGUUUCUCUUUGAUUCCGGAACAAGCCCUAGACUCCACUGCAAGAGCCUGAGCGUUAGCUUGAUUCUCGAGCAAUCUCAGCUUCUCAUCACCUGGGUCGACGAUGUAGAUGACAGAGACGAAGCAAAGGAACGAGACGAGGUCUCCCUUCGGGUUCCUGUACCUAGGAUUUUAAUUGAUGCCGAAUCCCCUGUGAAUUUCAGGGCUUUGGACGACCACAUCGAGGUUAAACUUGUUCUUCUCCUUCCGGUCGACCAUCCCAUCGUCGACUCGGUACUUUAUUCUCUCGGGGAUACAAAAGAUUCGGCCUUUGAAUCUGCCGGGCCGCUGGUGAUGGACUCUGAUGUGAAGCUUCUGUCUUUGAUGGGAAAAGUUGACUUUUACUGCAGAAAUUGCUCGAAUAGGCUAACAAGGGAAGGUCUCCGGAAUUUCUCAGAAAUGCCAUCUGUUAACUGGCGAGAAGCGGCUGACAACUGGUUUGGGAACUGCUGUUGUACUUUUGGAGGAAUAAGUGAGAUGAUGGUGGCAAAGUACGCAAACUCCUACUCAUGUUCCAGUGGCUUGUGUCUGCUCAGUGCUACAACUGUUUUGCUUAGCAAAGAUGAUCUGGAAGAGGGUAUAUUGUCUGAAAUAAAUAGCAUCCAAGAAGAAGAACUCGGAUCAAAUUUAACUUUUAGUGUUGAUCUUGGCAAAGUUGAACGGGAUUCUAGGAGAAAUCAAGAAAAUAGUGUCUGCCCAGAGAAUCAGUGUGAGAGUGAACUCGGUAUUGUUUGUGGUCAGGUAGAUAACACAGAGCCUUCGAGAAAAGCUGAUCAUGGAGAAACAUAUCACUGUGAUAUACAUUUAGUGGACAAGGCAUCAAUGCCUGAGUGUUGUGUGCUUGGCUCGAAUGACUCGUGUGAGAGAUUUCAGUUGGAACAAACGAUCACAAAUGCAACAGAUCUUACGCCGGAGAAGAAAUUUCUUCUGGACGGUUUUCUCGAGGAUGUCUUCAUGGCAAGAGCAUCAAAUGUAUCGAGGAAUGUAAAAUGGAUUGAAUUUGGUUGCUCAAAGUGUUCGUCUCUCCUCGGAGUCUAUCCUUCUAGCAGCAACUCCCUCAUAGAUGGUGGAGUUAGAUUCUUCAAAUGCUAUAUUUCCACAUCUUCUCCUGUAGGUGGACCGGCUGAUGCCUUCAGGAAAUAUACACUGGACAGGAUGUUUACCAAUCAGCUAGUGGAAUAUGCAAAAGAUGAACUAUCUUUCCAGGUUGUGGUAAAAGAUUUGACAAACAAACUUCCCCUGUUCCAAAUUGUCAUCCUGAAUCCAAACACCUGGUGCUCCACUGGUCUUUGCUCGAGUGAUGAAGAUGCAACGGCUGAUACAUGUUCCAGAGGAGAAUUACGUCCGGUUGUGAAGGUUCUGUUCUCUGACUGUGGAAAUUCUCCCGACCCACAUAACAGGGUGAUGGGAAAGAAGAAGAACAUAAUGGAUGAAGUUUUCAUCCUGAAGAAGCAAGGAGAGAAGUUGAUGGAUUUACUUAACACUGCGAACAAAUUCCUUCCGCCCUCCUGUUCUUAUCUUCAGGGUUCACCAAUCUCGUCCAUGUGGCUAUGACAAGCACCUUCAAUCAUAUCCUACCAUUCAUCUGAGCUUCUUUACGUCAUUGUCCACUGGAACUCUGCGCAAGGAUUGAGCCGAAGACUGGGUAAACCUUCUGGCUAAGAUGGAGGGUUUAGGAAUGGAGGAACAAGAACAACUCAAGCCAAGCCUGUGUACCGUUGGGGAAACCUAGGCACGAGAUUAUCACGUGGGAUCCGCCGGUGAGAUUAUUUUCAAGUUUUCAUGUUCUAUUUGUUGUAUUAAUCUCUGAUAAGAACGUUGAGAACGUGAAAACAUGAAAAGGGUUACUCAGUGUUUCAUGCCGUAAUCGAUUGCUUUUUACGUUAAGACACAAUCUCAACUCAA